AUGUCCUGCGAGCACAUCGAUCCGAAUGACUUCCACAGUCCUGCGGCAAACCAGUACACGCUGAACUGCCUGGAGGAGUUGGCACGGAGCCCUAAGUUCAGAUCCUAUGUGCGACACGUAGAGUACAAGGAGCGGUUUUAUCUCACAUGGUUCCUCGCCCCCUUCACCCUAUUUGGGAUUCUCUACUAUCACCUCGUGAUGUUCGGUGAAGAGGGCAUCAACCUCUUCAUGGACCAGUCAACGAGGUCAUCUGUGUCGCUUUCGGCACCGCCUGCUGGAAUGGUGGCUGCUACGAUGCUCAUGCUGCUGUUCGCCGUUCCGUGCAUCGUGAUCGCACCUUUUGUGGGUUUCUUUGAGGAGCCGCACCGUUGGCAGUCCCUCGUUACGCUCGCCUUCCUCACGCUUGUGAAUAUGACCAUCGUCUCCUUUGGUGGAGGGCGCUUGCAUUAUCCGCCGUUCGUGACAACAGUGCCUCCUGUGACGGAGCUGAUUGUCUCAUGGCGUCCCAUGGAUGUCGCUGUUGUCCUUCUCCGUGACAUCUUUGUGCGCCGUGCCUUGUGCUUGCAGGGCUUUCUUCUGGCUGGCUGCGCCGUUGCUUUUUGGCAGAGCAGCUUCUGGGAUCGCACGUGGCAUCCUCCGCUGCCGUUGGUGACGAUUCCGAUCGCCGUCGGUCUUUCAGGGAUUGGGUGGUGGAUGACAGUGCAGAAGGCUGUGCCGCUGUUUCUCACCGCGGAUGGCCGCCCCACUCCUGUGGCCGAGGGGCUGCAUUGGUCUGUGGUGCAGUCCGAUCCUGCCGGCGCAGCAAGUCUGUGCCUUACGGUGGUCAAGGAAAUCUUUCGGCAAGUCGUGAGGGACGCGGCCCCUCUGUGGCAGCAGCCUCAACUCCCCAUGGUGCUGCAGAAUCCUUCUUCGUGCGUGUCACUUUAUCUUGCCGCGGCGUCCAUGACGCUCGUUCACGUCUUCAUCCUCCUCGCAAAGCCUGUGGUGGACUUCGUGUUCGGGGCUUUCUUCUUUGUCCUCCCUACGGACCCGACACUGUGGGGUCUCGCGCUGAUUGGAACGAUUGGUGGCGCCGUUACUUUGUGGCGCAUGAAUGAUGGGUUAGUAUACGCGCCUCACAUCGUUGGUCUUUGCGCAAUCACCUUUUCGCUUUUGUUGAACGGUUUUUGCGCCUAA